AUGGAGCAAGGUGGUUACGACUCCGAACAGCUGACGGACGAUCUCGAGGAUGAAGAUGCGGACAUGGAGAUGAACGAGUACAGCAGUGAAGACGAAAGUGAGCUUAGCACUGAUGCGGAAGGACUUGACGGCGAUUCCGCCCAUGUGGUAGAGGUGAUGGAGGAAGAUGACGAUGACGAUGACAGUGAUGACGAUGACGACGAGGAAGAUGACAAUGUUGUUGUCGAUGAGCACGAGUUGGAAGAUGAUAUGGACAACAGUCAAGAUGACGAUCGUCUCGGUAUGGAUGACGACGAUGAACCGUCUGGUUCUAAUGGCAACGUGCAUUCUGAUCAUACACUCAGUGACGACAUGAUUGACGGCGACGAAGACUUCAUCGAUGAUGAAGACCUGGAUGACGACGAAUUGGAUGUGCAGGACUUUGACUACGUGCUGGAUGAGGGCAUGGAUGACGAUGACGAAGGAGGCGGUGUGAAUGAGAUUCUUGAAGCGCUGGAUGACAUGGAGGAUGCCGCGGACGGCGAAGUUUUCGAUCCCGAGCAUGCAGGUGAUUCGGGCGACGAGGCCAUCUACGAGACGGAUGAUUUGCAUCCACUUAACAUGGCGGAGGAACUCGCUUGGCAUCCGCGUAUGGAGAAUGAUCGCUUUGGUGCGAAUUGGUCUUGGACACAAGCUAACGGACGUCAUGGCCGUCGUAGCACAAGACAAGGCCCACCAACGUUUUUCUCCGUACCUGUUAGCUCGACAGCUGCUCAGAACGGCGGCGCGAGUUCCAGCACUAGUGGCGAGCGUGCGCCUCCGUCACAUCGAUCUGUUCCUUCGGUUCUCCAAGACCAAGAUGCCAUGUUCCAUCCCUUGCUUGUGGACGACAACACGCUUGAUCGUGAUCGAGAAACACCUGGUUGGCAGCGAUCCAUGGAGGCUCUCAUGGGCGAAAACACCAUGCAGUUCCUUGAAAUGUUCCUUCAGCAGAAUGUGCCCCAUGGCGCUGAUGCAAGCAUUCGAAUUGAGCUCGAUCAAGGUCGAGGAAUGCCUCGUAUGCAAAUCACGAAUCUGGUGAGCGGCGGCGGCAAUGCCAGCGAUGCGCCGACAUCAAUGUUGCGCGCACCCCAUCCAUCUUCGUCCUCAGAACCAGAGUCAGCGCUUCCUGCUUACGAUGCCACAUCGGAGUCUUUGCGCUUUAUCCCUCUGAGUACAAUUGCUCGGCGUGGAGAGGAAGCCCAGCUGAUCCUUGGCACGACAACGGCCGAUCUUAAUUCUCUCUUUCGAGCGCCGCUCAUUGAGCGUCUUCUUCCAGCGUACCAUGCACGUCGUGAGCGUGAACGUGAAGAAAAACAACAGAAGGCCGCUGCUGCUACCACCGCCGCCGCCUCUACCUCUACUUCAGCCUCAGCUACGGUCGCCGAUGACUCUACUGUAUCGCGUCCAAACUCGGAGUCGAAGCGCAAGCACCAUGAUAUGGAAAACGAGCCUGAACCGAAUUACUCCCACAAUGGGCGGAUCACGGUCUCGAUCAACGGCGAGACGGUCGAUCUUACUGACACGGGCAUCGACCCGACAUUCUUAGAGGCUCUUCCUGACGAACUACGUGAAGAAGCACUUUUGAGUCAGCAGCUUAGUUCGCGCAUGGCCCGGCCCUCGCGGCAGAUUGUACCUGACUUUUUGGACGUGCUUCCUCGUAGUCUCCGUGCCGAGUUGCAACACGUCGACGAGUCAUCGCUACCAUUCUCUCCUUCACAUGGGAGUGGAUCGGCACAUGUGUCGCCGACAUCUGAUGCACACAACUUGCCUUCUGACUCUGGUCCUUUGCCACACCGUACGCAAGCACAAGACCCGGCGCAGGACGAGUCACAGGCCCCGUCACAGGCCUCCUCUCAGCCGCCAUCCCAGUCACAUCAUCAACAGGUGCCUCCACCAUCACAGACUCGCGAGUCAGCAUCUCAAGGCCGAGAUGCCAUUCAGCUGCUCGACCGCACAGGCCUUGCAUCGCUUGUGCGGCUUCUAUUCCUACCAUCCAUGAAUACACGAUCAUCCCUACUAUUCAAGAUUUUGGCACAUCUCUCGGAAAAUGCUCGCACGCGAUACGAAUUACUCGGCAUGUUGUUGAUGGUCUUGUGGGAUAGCAUGUACAGUGCAGCUUCCGUGGAUCGAGCCUUUACAGCCAUGUGCAGCAAGGCUGCUGCGGCGAAACAAACGCCUCAGCGCAGCACCCCACGUCGUGGCCAUGCAGGUAUGAGCUCGUCGGGCAUCUUGCCACCAUCGACGCCAGCCACGCCUACGCCAUUACCACUCACAUGGAUGGGCGACGAGGCGCCGCAUUUGAUUGCAUCACGAAGUCUCGAAAUGCUCACGUACCUCACACAGGUCAACAACCAAGCGGCGCUGUACUUCUUGCGUGAGGACCGUACGAAGAAAGGAAGCAAGCGGAUUCCCAUCCAAGUGCUUCUGGGUCUCUUGGAGAAAGAUGCCAUGCUCGAGCAUGCGCCCCUGCUUAAUGCCUUGCUCGCUCUCUUGCACGCCGUGACAAAGCCGCUCAGCACUGCGCAUCCUGCUUCUGAUGGCCAUCUCGUGCUCGAUAAGGCGUAUGGAGAGAUGGAUGUGCCAAGCAUGGCAGCCGACCGUUUGGCCUCGAUUGUGCAACCACUCCACACGCCUAUCUCGUCACGGGGAUUCCAACAUACACUCGCAGUCGCCUCACACUUGUCUCAUUUACCCGGUGCACACGAGGCACUCAGUGUCGCAUUGCAGCAGGCUGCCAAGCGUGCAUCAGACUCGCUCCUGGGUGAUUUGGAUGCUCUGAUUACCUCCCUACCAGAGUCAGCAAUUGUACCAGGCUCCACAGAAGUUGGCGAACAUUUGGUUUCUGAUGCCACCGGCGUCGUACAUACAACGACUCAAGCCCACGCGGUGUCCGAGUCGGACAUGAAUGUGGACGAGCGCAUGCCCGAGUCGCACUCAGAAUCUUCAGUGUCGCUAUCCCUCCCGCUUGCCAAGCUCGCAAGUCCUUCGAGUGCACAAGCCGAAUUUCUCCGGUGCCUACGGGCUCUGGACUAUCUAUAUGUGGGGAAGUAG